CGUGCGUUUUGUUGAUAAAUUCAUCUUGAAACACGGAGUUCUUGUUUCUUCCUAAAAUUCCUCAAUUCCUAUUCCUACCAUGAUUCAAACAAAGAAGCGCUCAAUCUCCACUUCGGAAAGCCAGGGAGAUGCUUCCGGGAGUAAGAAACCGAUUAAGAAGCUCAAGAAACUGGAGACCAACAAACCGGCCGGAAAGUUUCAGAAGACAACCGGCAAACCGGGGGAGAAAACGGACAAGAAAGCGUUUGUGGCCAACACGCCGGAAUCGAAAAAGGAGUACUGGAAUGGAUUGAAGGCGAAACAGAAGGAGCUCCGCCAGCAGCGACGCCAAAACAAAUCGAAGGACCUGUACGAGCUGAGCGUUAGUGCUAAGAAGGUGUAUGAAAAGCUGAAGCGGAAGAACGCAGAAAACAAGGACGAGCUCGUGCAGAAGCUGCACGACAUGCUGGGAAAGGAAAAUGCAUACGCCAAGAUAGCCACUUCACACGACACGGCCCGGGUCAUACAGUGCAUGAUCAAAAACGCUUCCGAGGGAGUGUGCGAUCAGAUCGCCGACAGUCUGCUACCGAAGGUGUUCGAUUUGGCCACAUCAAAGUACGGCCAUCACUGCGUUACGAGCCUGUUCAAGCAUGGCUCAAAGCAGAUGUGGCAGCGUGUGGUCGACGCGAUCACUAAACACGUCGUUAAGAUGGUAAAUCAUGCGUUUUCGGGGGCGAUCGUCGAUGCGGCUUACAACGAGUACGCCACCAACGAACAGCGCAAAUUCAUGCGGCAAUCGUUUUACUCCGAGCUUUACCUCCUCGAGAAAGACCGCACUAUCAAUACGAUGAAGGAUUGCUGGAAAACGAAUGGGUACAUGAAGAAAAGCGUGCUCAGUACCGUGAAGGGCCAUCUGGUACAGGCCGGAAACAAGAAGCUGACCGACAACAGCUUGAUCCACGCACUGCUGGCUGAAUUCCUCCAGGAAGCGGCUGAUGUCGAACGAUCGGAGGUUAUCGAGCUCUACCUUCCGCUGCUGGCUUCGAUUUCCAGCACGAAGGACGGUACGGAAGCGGCCAUCUUCUGCUUCGUCAACUCGGUGGUUAAGGAUCGUCGUGCAGCACUGAAAGCCAUGAAACCCUACGUUGAAAAGCUGGCCAUCCACGAGCAUGGCCAUCGAUUGAUCAUGUGUGUGCUGAACUGUUACGACGAUACGGUGAUUCUUGGCAAGCAGAUCGUCGCACCGAUCUUGGAGCAAAUAGAAACGAUCGUCGGCAGUGGCGACUGGGGAAGGAAAGUGGUCGGUUGGAUCUUUUCGCCCGCCGAUAAGCAGCUUUUACAUCCGACACAGAUCGAUCUGCUGGACAGUUACCUGGAGCACAGUAAAAAGGACAAGGAUGUGCGCCGCAAGGAAGUACUCGCAGCGGCGUCGGAGGGUUUCUGCAAACAGGUGGAAAAGAAUGCCAGCUUUUGGUUACGCGGUGGCCAUACCGCACUUCUGACGGCCGUCAUUCUGAAGAACUUUGAUGGAGAACAGUUGGCACGUCUGCAUCGUGCUCUGGCAGAGGUUGUAUGUGAUCCAGACUGGAAAGUGCACGAGAACGAAAUCAAUUUGGACGGUACGGCCCUGUUGGCGAAGAGCGAAAGUGUUCCGGACAAAAAACCGAAGGAAAACGACAAAAACACCGACCGGAAAGUGAAGAAACUAAAGAAAAGUCCGUUUGAGGAGGAUAAAGCUGCCUCUCGUGAGAAACUGUUGGCCGCCAAUCCGCUCGUUGGUGGGAUUGAGCAUGCUGGUGUGCAUAUUGCACUCAAGAAGAUUAUUAAAUUGGACCAAGAAAAACGGCAACAGGCAAGCUCGGAAGGCGAAGAUAUUUCACAGUUUGGUCAAGCCGUUAUCGAAGGGCUUGCGGCCGAACAAUUGAAGAGCUGGAUUAGCCAGAACCGACCGUGCUUCCUGUUGCUGCUCAUAUUCGAAAACGCUACACCAGAAGUGCAACGAGUGGUGAAAGCGAAGAUUGCGAGCGUAAAAAAGGAACUGAAAACGCAGAAGCAUACCGGAGGGAAACUGUUGGUCGAAAAGUUGAACCUUUAGAGUGGAGAUAGGAAUCAGAAUAAAUAAAAUAAUAUACACAAUAAAGGGAUGAGACGAU